AUGACGGAGGCCAUCGGGGGCAAAGGGGGGACAAGCACGGCAGCAGUCAGUGGGUCGCUCCGCCUAGAGGCUGGCCACAAAAGACGGGGGGGGCCUGAGGGUGCGCUCCAGAGCCCACGCAUCUGUCGCCUCCGCCACGAAGACAUUCUGUGCCUCUUCGGCAAACCACCCAAGAGGCGGUGUUUUGAAGCGAACCGCCCGAUUUCAGCAAUUACAGGUGGACAAUCCCCCAAGAACCCCCCCAGCAACCGGGCUGGCCAGAGCGGCGUCUCAGAGCCUUCGGCCGUCAACGAAGAGGGGGGAGAAGAAGUAGGCGACAGGAGUCUGGCCGCCGAAGUGGCAUCAGAGGUUGCGAGGGCAGCUUGGGAAGAGCAUCGUAGGCGCUUGCAACAACAGCACAACACUCGCAGGAGUGGCCUACCUGAGAGAAUAACGCGGCACAGUACGUGCUCGACCGACGUCGACUCUCCCCUAGUCGUGCCACGUCUCGCACGGCGGCAGGAACGGAGGCGUCGGAGGGUGGCAGGAAGAGACAGGCAGAGGGAGCCGCCGGUGGGGGGCCGGUGGGACCUGCAGGCGGGCGGACAGCAGGGGAGCCGGGAAAGAGGCCGACAGCCGCCGGAGGGGACGAGGCAGCAGCGGCUGCAGAGCGGAGGGCAGCAGCAGCUGCAGAGCGGAGGGCAGCAGCAACUGCUGCAGAGCGGAGGGCAGCAGCAGCUGCAGAGCGGAGGGCAGCAGCAGCUGCAGAGCGGAGGGCAGCAGCAGCUGCAGAGCGGAGGGCAGCAGCAGCUGCAGAGCGGAGGGCAGCAGCAGCUGCAGAGCGGAGGGCUUCGGCCCAAUCAGAGCGGAGGGCAGCAGCAGCUGCAGAGCGGAGGGCAGCAGCAGCUGCAGAGCGGAGGGCUUCGGCCCAAUCAGAGCGGAGGGCAGCAGCAGCUGCAGAGCGGAGGGCAGCAGCAGCUGCAGAGCGGAGGGCAGCAGCAGCUGCAGAGCGGAGGGCAGCAGCAGCUGCAGAGCGGAGGGCAGCAGCCUAACCAGAGCGGAGGGCAGCAGCAGCUGCAGAGCGGAGGGCAGCUACAGUUGCAGAGCGGAGGGCAGCAGCAGCUGCAGAGCGGAGGGCAGCAGGAGCUGCAGAGCGGAGGGCAGCAGCAGCUGCAGAGCGGAGGGCAGCAGCAGCUGCAGAGCGGAGGGCAGCAGCAGCUGCAGAGCGGAGGGCUUCAGCCCGAUCAGAGUGGAGGGCAGCAGCUGCUGCAGAGCGGAGGGCAGCAGCAGCUGCAGAGCGGAGGGCAGCAGCAGCUGCAGAGCGGAGGGCAGCAGCCCAAUCAGAGCGGAGGGCAGCAGCAGCUGCAGAGCGGAGGGCAGCAGGAGCUGCAGAGCGGAGGGCAGCAGCAGCUGCAGAGCGGAGGGCAGCAGGAGCUGCAGAGCGGAGGGCAGCAGCAGCUGCAGAGCGGAGGGCAGCAGCAGCUGCAGAGCGGAGGGCAGUGGCAGCCGCAGAGCGGAGGGCAGCAGCAGCUGCAGAGCGGAGGGCAGCAGCAACUGCUGCAGAGCGGAGGGCAGCAACAGCUGCAGAGCGGAGGGCAGCAGCGGCUGCAGAGCGGAGGGCAGCAGCAACUGCAGAGCGGAGGGCAGCAGCAGCUGCAGAGCGGAGGGCAGCAGGAGCUGCCCGAUUGGCGGCAGCUUGCGAGGCUGUCAGAGGGGGAGAUGGAGAUGGAGUCGAGCAGACAGGUCUUGCCGGCGUGUUCGAGUGGAGAGGAGCACCCAGACCCUAUGCUGACACCCCCGCCCCGCAUCCCGUGCGAAACCUGUUAUCGCACUUUCACGGAGAGAGGAAAGGCCACGCGUCAUAUGUCGGCCUGCAGGGCAGCGGACGCCCAGCGUCGUGCGCAGGCGCUUGGGUUGACCCGCGACGUCACAGACGACUCGGACAGCGAACCUCCGCCACCACGGGAUAUCAGUGAAGAGGUGUGGGCCGCAGUUCCCACAUGGGACUGGGAGUCGUUUUUCGGGAUCGAAUUGGUGCCAGGGAGAAUCAUGCGUCGCAUCCCACAGCGCGCAAGACUGGGGGUGCUUGAUGCACUAGCUUGUAUCCUGAAGCGGCUCCAGUCAAAGGCAGCAGACGAGGCGGCAUCCUUGGUGUUUUUGGCCUUCCCUCGUCUUUUCUUGGGGAUUCCAACCGGGCAAGGCCAGGGGCAGAGGGCGGCAAUUAGGGAGCGGUUGGAGAAGUUUUGGGCUGGGGAGUGGCAGCAGCUGUUUGAGUUGGCGGUGGCGGCGAUGCAACCUGCGGCUCGCCCCUUGUCCUUCACCCCACCCGAGCAUGAUCCUGAUGCAGUGCGCCUGUCCCGCUGCCGUACAAGGUGCAAAGUGGGAGAAUGGAGUCGGGGUUUGGCGUGCCUUACGGCUGGUAGCAUCGCUCAGCCCUCUCAGCACAUGGUGGACGCGCUACGAGCGAAACACCCAUCGUGCGAGUCCGCCAUUCCUGGGUGGGUGCAGGAGGAGACAGUCGAGCCUUCCCUUAUCCCACAGCUCUCAGUGGAGGUACUCGGCCAGGCGAUCCACUCAGCGGCUAGGGCGUCCGCACCAGGACCGUCGGGGUGGGUGACGGAGCACCUGCGCGACACUUUUCUCUCUGAGCCCGCGUACCUGCCCCAUCUGCUAGAGGCCUUCACCCAGUGGACCAAGGGAGAGGUAGCGGAGCGCGUGCGACCCUGGCUCACUGCGUCCAACCUGGUGGGCCUGUCGAAGCCGAAUGGUGACGUUCGUUCGGUGGCUAUAGGCGAGGUGCUCCCCCGCAUACUAUCUCGGGCCAUAUGCAUCGUGCUUCGUCCGAAGAUGAUGUCGCACUUUGCUCCGUGUAACCAGUUUGGAGUCGGGUCCAGGUCGGGAGUGGAAGUCCUCGCACAUGCCUUUCGCUCCGCCAUCUCUACUCACCCGUCGUGGUGCGCGCUGCAAAUUGACGUGGCGAACGCUUUCAACUCCUUCCAUCGGCGGGAAAUCUUUGGCCUCCGAGCGGGGCUCGAGGCAAGGGGCUCGAAGCUUUGGCCUCCGUUUCUGUUCGCGUUCACACAGCAGCUGGUUAUGGAACCAACCAAAACAGAGUUCGCCGACUUACUCUUCCUCAGCUAUGCUGAUGAUACGUAUAUCCUGGGGCCUAGGGAGCGGGUUUUAGCAGCCUAUGAGGCCUUGCGGGAACGAUUGGACGGGCUGGGUUUGGAGGUGCAGCCGCAUAAGUGUAAGCUAUGGGAGCGAGGGAGGAACCAGGAUGGGGAGGAGAGAAAUGAGACCGUCCCGCCCGGCAUGCAGCAGACAUGGACGGGGCUCACUGUGGUAGGGGUCCCCAUUGGGGAGGAGGACUGGGAGGUGGCUAGCCUGCGUCGCCGGCUGACGGAGCUGCAUGCACCUGUCCCUUGGCUUCCUCUGCUUGACCACCCACAGAUUGCGUCCCAUUUGCUGGCGAUCGCAGUGUCAGCGCGCCCGAUUUACCUCACACGGACGAUGCCUCCACGACCUGAGGUUGUGGAGGCUUUUCGGGACUGGGACACGAAGCUGGAAGAUUGUUUCGAGGAGCUGUUUCCAGAUAGUACCUGGGAUCACGAUUCGGGGAAGUCUCAGAUGGCUCGUUUACAGCUGCACCUUCCUGCCAGACUCGGGGGGUUCGGCAUUCGAUCUGCGGCUGACCUUAGUCCUCUGUCGUAUGCAUGUGGCUGGUGCCAAGCAGUGAGCGAUGUGGCUCGGUUGGGGGUGGCAGGUGAGGAGCGGAUGUUUGAGGAGUUUUUCCGCACGCCCGAGGCUACGACCUUGUUGGACCCCUGGUUUGCGAGAGCAGUGGAUCUGCUUCCACAGUCGGUCCGGCAGGAGAUGCCACCCCUUGCCUUGUGCACUGCUGACCCCCCUGUGCUGCUCUUCUCCACACAACACCGUCGCCUAGCGGUUGAGAGCCUUCAAUCUCUUCGAGGCAUGGCCCACAACGAUGCCACCUUGGCCCGUUUGACAUCCCUUCAGGGCCCGGGGGCUGGGGCGUGGGUUUCUGCCGUUCCUUCGCACGAGGAGGCUACCUUCACCGCAGCCGAGUGGAGCAUCUGCGCGUCCAUGCGCUUAGGCCUCCCUAUACAGCAGCUGAUAGUGGCCGGCAAGUGCGCGUGUGGGUUUGAGUUUGCUGAUCCCUCUGACCCGCAUCAUGCCCUUCGCUGCAAGUAUCAGUAUGCACCUUCUCGUGUUCACGAUGCGGUUAAGUUUGUGGUGGCGAAGAUAGCUAAGGGUGCGGGUGGGAUUGUGACCAUGGAAGACGACACGUUGCUCCCAGGGAAGAGGGUUGAUGUGGCGGUUCGGAAACUGAGGGAGGGGGAGGAGCACGCGCUGGAGGUUAGUGUGGUAGACCCUAUCUCGCUAUCCGCGCAGCACCAUGGACAGAUUGGGCGCAAGGUGGGUUUUGCCGCGAGAGAGAGAGAAAAGCGGAAGGCGGCGGACUACAAAUCGCUUCUACAGCGGCAUAGGGGAGUGCAGUUCACACCUCUCAUUGCUGAAACAUGGGGAUGCUUGGGGGGGAGUUUUGGACGGUGGCUUAAGAAGCAGGGUGACGCGCAGAUCGAGAUAGCAAAGACGAAAGGGGCGGCGCGAGCUACGGGAAAGGGUUUCUCGGCUUAUUUGCUCGGUUCACUCAAAGCGGCCGUGGGUGUGGCUUUGCAGCGGGCUCAGGCGCGUGUGAUCUUGUUACGCGCGGCGUCGAUGAUGAGAGGUCCAGAGGCUGUUUGGGUGGAGCGGGAGGAUGUUGAGGAGGAGAUGGGAUGGGAUGCUCCGUGGGCGGAUGCACCCUACUUGGUAGACAUGCGGGUUUAG